AUGCCCCUCCCCGUCGAGUUGACCCUCGUCCUCGCGGCAACCCGCAACAUGGGCAUAGGCCGCGCCGGCACCCUGCCGUGGACCGGCCUCAAGAAGGAAAUGGCCUACUUCGCCCGCCCCCCUUCGGCACUGAACGCCGUCAUCAUGGGCCGCAAAACCUGGGACAGCAUCCCGCCCAAGUUCAGACCCCUGAAGGGCCGGCUGAAUAUAGUCAUCAGCCGUUCUCACCCGGAUGUUGCGCCAGAACAGAUGGAAGUGGAUGUGCAGACGGAGCCGGUCAAGGUCAGUUCCCUGCAGAAAGCGCUCGAGUAUCUCAGGGGCAGCAGUGCUGCUAAGGAGGGGAAGGUGUACGUCAUUGGCGGGGCACAAAUCUACGGCGCGGCGCUGGAGCUGAAGGAGAAGGAGACGAAGAGGAUACUGUUAACGCGGGUCAUGAGCGAUUUUGAGUGCGAUACAUUCUUCCCGCUGGAAUUGUCCGAGGGACAGGCGGGUGGUAGGUGGGUCAAGAAGUCCAAGGCCGCAUUGGAUGCGUGGACGGGUGAAACGGUUCCUGAGGGUGUUCAGGAGGAGAACGGGACGCGGUAUGAGUUUCAGAUGUGGGAGAGAGUUGAUUGA